GAAGAGGCUGCGAUCAUUAAUAUGCUUCGCUAAGAUUAUUGUUGCGCCACUCCCCGGUUUUUGAUUUUUUUUUAGCCUUUUUUUUUCUUUUCAUUUUCCCCAGCUGUCUCACCGACUGCGCGCGUGCUCGGCAGCUUGGCCAUUCCUUGCUCCCCCUGCGGCUGUUUUUGUCUGCAGAGCUCAGAAAGACUGACCGGCAAAGAGCCAGCGAGGACGUCAUGCUCUGGCUCUGAGACAGGCCGCAUUCCGCCUCUUUGGACCGUCGCGGUCUCGUCUCUAGCGACCACCUGCAACAAAGCACGCUCAGAUGCUGUCAACCUCAAGUCUGCGCUCAGGCGCCCUGUCACUCUCGGCGGCGGCAGCUACCCGACGCACCCUGGCUUGGGUUUUCGUCCUGAUUCUGCUGUCGCUACCAUCGACUGCCGCAGCGGCGCCUCCACUGGUCCUUCCUUACAUCCCGACGACAAUCAUCAUCCCCAGCUCGACGGGCUCGCACGACGGCAAGAAUGGCAACUCCAUCGCAUACAUCUUCGCCCCAACUGCCUCAUCGGUCGAUUUGCUGGCCCUGGACAUCUCGGCCACCGUACGAGCCUCUUCACUCACUACCCAGACUCUCACAAAGGGCUUACCCUUCCUCACCGGAGGAGCGGGGAAGCCUCACAGCACCACCUUUGCGCCCGCAUACCUCGGAAACAACACAAUUGGCGCAUAUGCGGGCAGCUGCUCGCCUGGCGCCGACAAGCCAGCGCUAUGGACUCUGCCACUAAGCGACCCAACUGGCGUUUGGGGCAGUCGAGGGCCGCCCGUCACAGGCGGCAACUCGACGCCCGGCGCCCCAUCCUUCCUAGGCGCCGCCCUGAGCUUUUCCACACAGAUCGCGCCGACCGUCUCGCCCGCCUCGAUAUAUGUUUACGGCGGCAUGUGCCCGUGGGCUAAUACCACCGGGUUGGCAUGGGCCAAGGCCGCGGCCUACUCCAACCAGAUGCUCAAGCUCGGCCAGCUGCCCAACGCCGCCUACAACGCCAGCCCCAUCCUUAGCAAGGGACCGCCCGUCGCCAACGCCGGCUUCUCCCUCACGCCUCUGACGCCUUCGACGGCCAACCGAUCGGGCGUUGUCACGCAGUCGAUUAACAGUGUCCUCCUAGGCGGCCACACGCAGGCAGCCUUUAUUAACAUGAGCGGCGCCGCGAUAUGGAGCCUACCUGAGGAAGUCUGGAGCUUCGUGACCAUCAAGCAGCCGUCGUCUGCUCCAACAGAGCUCAGUGUCCGAAAAGACGGGAAGGGGCAGCGCCGCGGGCUCCCCGUGGAGGUUGACAGCAGGUCCGGGCACACGGCGAUCCUUAGUGGGGAUGGGAACUCCAUCGUGGUUCUGGGAGGGUGGGUUGGAGACACCAGUCAGGCGGCGGAACCGCAGCUCGCAGUCAUCGAGAUUGGCGAGGACUUUGACAAGUGGAGGUGGAAGAUACCGUCUGCGCAGCCCAAAGGCCCUGGCAUUUUCGGCCAUGGCGCAACCCUGCUGCCCGGAAACGUGAUGAUGGUCUACGGGGGCUACAGUGUAUCACCACUGACCAAAUCCAAGCUAAAGAAGCGGCAGAUGGGCGGUAAUGCGCCCAUGUUCCUGAACCUCACAUCCAUGACAUGGUCCGGCGACUACACCAACCCCUCAUACGACGGCUCCUCCGGUACCGGUACAGGCCCUGGUUCCUCAGAAUCGGCACCAUCCAACAACAGCCGAGAUCUCGGGCUCGGUAUUGGACUAGGUGUGGGCAUCAGCGGAGCUGUUGCCAUCGUGGUUGGCAUCAUGUGCUGGAGGAGGCACAAGCGCAACUACCGACGCGACUCGGCGGUCCGCGCCCUGGCUCAGGACGCCAACCUCUUUCUCCCCGACGAGGACGAGAUGGCAGAGCGCGCCGGCGGCCCCUCGUACGCCUGGGGCAUGGCGAGGGGACCCUCUGGUCCCAACGAAUGGUAUACUGGCGGGCCCGACCCUUUUGUGCGUGGAAGCCGUUCGCUGGGCUACGAGUCCUUGCGCGGCGCCCGCGGCCCGGGCGGGCCGAGCUACCCGCCACCGAUGGCCAUGCGGAAGGGCGCCAACCCACGUAAUGCUAGGGGCAUGUACGUCCAGGCGCCUGGGGGGUUUGACAACAGCGGCAGCCCGCGGGCGGGCGGCAUGCUCGCUGGACCCGGAGACAUCCACCCGAUCUAUGAGGCGGACGAGGAUGGCGAGGCAAGCCUGGGGCCGACAGCUCCCAUGAGCCCGGACUCAAAAGAGAUGGAGACGUCUAGUGACCCGUUCAUGACGCCCACGAGCACCAAGGGCGACAUGGGUAUCCUGGGGGAUGCGUCGGCGGCGCCGCAGAAGGCAACUCCGAGCCCCGAUGGCAAGAACAGCAUCGGCGGCGGCGCCCCGCUGCCCCAAGACCGCGAAGUGCAGGAUUGGGUUUCGGACAUCGACUCGACGGACGCGGUCCUCACUGCGCGCAUCGGCCCACACAGCACGACGACCACCAGGACCAUGGUCACGGCUCCCAUGCUACCGCCGCUCACCGUCGCGCCCCUCAACCUGACGGGCGGCAGUGCCAGCCGGCGCUCUCCCACGCGUCGGCAUUCUGCCCGAUCCAACCCGAGGAAUAGCGCGUUCUCGUUUGUCGCAGCUGGAGACGAGGAGGCCGGCCGUACGGCCAGCAACCUCUCCGAGUCGAACCGCAGCGCCUUCAGCUACUCCAUGUCGAGGUCCGGAUCGGUGCGCUCGCGGCCUGGGACAAGCUCGGGCAUCGCCGCGCUGGCGACGUCGGUCGCCGGCGCGGGGCCGAUGCGCAGAAGAGCCGAGGACGACGACCGGCAGCUCGACAGCAGCUCCGCCAGCAGCAGCGGUGGCGCCUCGUUCAACACGGCGCGCUCCAGCUUCGCGGCGAUGCAGGCCGAGGGCCCCACCCUGCUGUCGGGCAGUCCCGGAACGACAGGUGGUGAAAACAACAACAGAAUCGGGCUCGUGAGGGGCAGCGGCGGCGGGAGCCUGAUCGGCGGCACGUCCCCGCGGGCGGAGCCCAGGGACGACGACGAUCACGACGACAGCCCCGGCAGCCCGAGCAAGAACAAGCCUCGCCGCUCGUGGCUGGGCAGCUUCCGCCGCGUCUUCAGCAACCCCGGCGGCGCGGGCGACAGCGCCGAGUCGAGCCGGAACGAGAGCCCGACGAGCUUCGAGGGCGGCGAUUACGAAUCUCCUGGCCUGGUGGGCGCGCCGAGCACGCUCUCGCGGCGCAAGCAGGGCCGCGAGGCGUGGAUGGACGAGAUCCCGGGCUCCGGCAGCGGGGCAGGGGCAGGCGGCGGCAGCAGCGGCCGCGGGGGCAGGACGGCCGCGCACGACGGUGGCGCGCGCUACCACGGCAUCGGGGCCGACGACGAGGACUGGGAUAUCGAGCGGGCAUCGGAGAGGAGGCUGGUGCAGGUCAUGUUCACGGUGCCUAGGGAGCCCCUGCGCGUGGUCAAUGCCGAGAUCGAGAAGGAGGAGGAGGUGGAGAUCAUGGACACGGAGAAGGAGGAUGACGACGAUGACGGCGGCGCCGACCUCGGGGGUGGCGAUCUCGGCAGCCGCGGCCUGCUCAAGCAGACGCCGUCGGGCUCGCCGUCCUCGGCAAAGGAGAAGGGCAAGCGCGCGGCCGCCGGCCUCAGCUCGGCCCCGGACAGCGGCAACAGGAAGGGCAGCGCCGGCACCGGCGGCCUUCUGCCCCCCGUGGCCAACAAAGUCGACGACGACUGGGACCCCUUCUGGGACUACGGAUCCGAAAGCGCGAACCUCCGGGGCGGGUCCGGCGGCAGCAGUAGUGUGCUAGCCAGGCUCACGCCGGACAUGGUGCGCGUGCCCGACGCGUCCGAGGCGAGCGAGGACAUGCGGUGUGACGACAGCAGCAUCAUCAUCGUCAGAGACACCAGCGCCAUCGGCCACGACGACGACGACGAGGAGAACAACAAGAAUGGCAUCAACAACAACGGCAACAACAUGAAUAGCCACAGCAGAUACGGCGCCGGGCUCGACAGGGCCUCCACCCCGGCCGGCCAGUCGGAGGUCGGCAGCGAGUACAGCGGCGUGGACGAGAAGCGCUUCUCGCGGUCGACCCUGGCGUCGACGACGACGUCGGACUUUUUGUCGGUGCACGGCGGCAGGAGGCUGUCGAUGGAGUCGCGCUUCUCGACCGACUCGCACACGCCGCACUCCGUCAUGACGGCCGAGGCGGUGCGGCUCAAGAGGCCGCCCACCGUCGGGCGCGUGCUCGAGAUGGUGGAGCGUAUCGAGGAGGAGGAAACGCGGGUGAGCAGGGCCAGCAGCCCGGUCCGACGCCCGUCAUGAUCGCGGGGUGUGGGUGUUUCGGGUUGCCAGCCAGGACAGAACCAGGAUGCAUAUGACCAUCACCAUCACCAUACGCUUGUUUUUUUUACCAUUAUUUCAUCAUCUUUGCUCCAGACCUACAUGGUCACACUGCAGACGCAAAGGGCGCAACAAAGGGGGGCUUGGUCGUGAGGGGUCGGGUCUUGGAAUCGUGGAGUAUUCUUUGGACCCCGGGCGUUCGGAACCUCGGUGCUUUUCGCAUUGUAUUUGCUUCGACAACAAUUUUCAUGGGCUACAGGACUUCUUUUUUCUUCAACAUUUCUGUCUCUCAUCAUCAUCCCCAGCAGUUAUUGGUUGCAUGUCCGCCAUCUUCAACUCUGGGCCUAGGUUUGGAGCAAAAAGGGGAAGCCGGGGUUUCUAAACAGGAAGCGGGAGUAUCACUUUUUAUUGCCAGUUGUUUGCGGGAUUUAGCUUAGCUUUGAGGCGUUGCCGUUUGCCUUCUAUAGUUGGUCCUCGAGAUGGGGCACAAUGCAAUGGACAUGGACUCUAAACAGUAGUAGUCUCUGCACCACUUUUCAACCCCUUGAAUCAGAACCAGAUGCCAA